UGUGGUGGUGCAAUUACCAGCUAGCUUCAGGGGACUCUGGUAAACUCUGAUCUGGGGAGGAACUAAAAUUAUUAGAGAUCCAGACCGUUUUUUUCCCUGGAGAAACGACCCAAGGCCCCACAAUAGAGUCUUCUACUUCUUCUUCAGCUACCUGCAGAAAAAUGUGGGGGAAUCAUCAGGUCAAGCACCUCAGAGCUCCAAAUGGGAUCCUUCACAGAAAUGAGAAAAUGGCAGCUCGGCCCUUGUCUAGGCUAUGGAAAGUCUCUGAUCCAACUCUGUUCCAAAUGACCUUGGUCGCUGCUCUAUUGGCUACUGUUCUUGGAGAUUGUGGCCCUCCACCAAAUUUAAUCUUUGCUUUUCCAAUGACAACUGUGGCAAAUGAGACACACUUCUACUCUGGAGCUACCGUGAAAUACACCUGCCGUCCCGGCUACGGUAGGGUUAGUUAUAAAAGUACGACUGUUACCUGUCAGGAUGACACAUGGAACUACUCUGAAUUCUGUACCAAGAAACGAUGCAAAAACCCAGGAGAAUUACAAAAUGGGCAAGUGAUAGCUAAGCCAGAUCACUUGUUUGGAUCACACUUGGAAUUCGUUUGUUCAGAAGGAUAUAUUUUAAUUGGCCCAGCUACUAGUUAUUGUGAGAUCCAAGAUAAAGGAGUUGAUUGGAGUGAUCCUCUCCCACUAUGUAUAAUUGCUAAAUGUGAGCCGCCUCCAAACAUCGACAAUGGGAAGCACAGUGGUGGAGAUGAAGAUUUCUACACAUAUGGCUCGUCUGUCACCUACAGAUGUGACCCCAACUUCUCAAUGUUAGGCAAAGCCUCCAUUUCUUGCAUGGUGGAAAAUAAAACAAUAGGUGUCUGGAGCCCAGGUCCUCCUAUUUGUAAAAAAAUCAUCUGUUCUAGGCCAGAGGUUAGAAAUGGAAAAAUAAUCUCUGGACUUAGACCCACCUAUAAUUACCAAAACAACAUGAUAUUUGAGUGCAAUGAAGGUUAUAUUCUCAAGGGAAGCAAGUUAAUCUAUUGUGGAGAAAAUGGUGAAUGGAAUCCUCCUCCUCCCACUUGUGAGCUCAAUAGUUGUCCUGAGUUACCAAACAUCCCAAAUGCCUACUGGGAAAGACAGAACUCGUUCUUGUCAAAAAAACAGCGAAUAUAUAGUAUUGGAACGACAUUGAGCUACAGGUGCCAUUUUGGCUAUGAACCUGCUUCAGAUGGUCCUACAACUCUGACCUGUCAGAAAAAUUUGACUUGGACCCCACACAUAGAAUGUAAGGAGAUAUGUUGCCCAGUACCAAAGCUGGAGAAUGGUGAAAUCGUUAGAUCAAGAACUAGUUCUAGGAAUAACUGUACUUAUUUCCUUGGAGACACAAUUUUAUACAAGUGUUAUAAGAAAUAUCAACCUGAAUCUAGAUGCCAAGGAGAUGGCACGUGGAAUCCCAAAACACCAACAUGUGCUGAAAGUUGUGAUUAUCCUCCUUUUCUUCCCCAUGGAUAUCAUGAACGAGUAAAUGGAUUCAAUGUAUUCAAGAACGAAGAAGUGAUAUAUAAAUGUUACGAAGGAUACACUUUGGUUGGGGAGCCUAGACUCUCUUGUAGUUACUCACGCUGGUCACCUGCAGUCCCUCAAUGUAAAGCUCUGUGUCUGAAACCAGAAAUAGCCCACGCAACGCUGUCCAUGGAUAAGGAUCAGUAUAUUCAAUCCGAAAAUGUCACCAUCCAGUGUGACUCUAAGUAUAAGUUGGUUGGUUCCCAAAGUAUCACUUGCUUAGAGAGCAGAACCUGGUACCCCGAGAUGCCCAAAUGUGAAUGGGUGGUCCCUGAAGGCUGUGAACAUAUCCUCAAAGGCAGAAAGACGAUGCAGUGUCUCCCCAACCCAGAGGAUGUGAAAAUGGCCCUGGAGAUAUAUAAAUUGUCUUUGGAGAUUGAACUACUGGAACUACAGAGAGACAGGGCAAAGGAAUCGACUGCGCAGUCACCAGUCUGAUUUCCCUCAAAAGAGGGAGAAAAAUGUGCUGCCUUCUAUACAAUACAGACCACUUUGGGUUUCCAACUCUCCUGUCCCCUUUGCACCACCAUUCAAGGCAAUAAAUGUCUAGAAAGAAUCACUUGUUCACAUCUAUGCUUUGUGACUGUAAACUUACUAAUUAUCUUGUAGUUCAUGCCUUUGCUUCUGGACACAAAGUGCACAUGCUUUUCCAAGUAAAAUUUAUGGGUCAGAGA